AUGGCGAGCGAAAACGUGAAAACGGAGCCGGAAAGCGAAGAGGAGAAUGUAUACGAAGUGGAGAGGAUCAUUGAUAUGCGCGUGGAGGGGGGCGAGGUGCUGUAUCGGGUGCGAUGGAAAGGUUACUGCUCGGACGACGACACGUGGGAACCUGAAGGCCAUCUGGAGGACUGUCGAGAGGUCCUUUUGGCCUAUAAAAAGGCAGGCACAGAAGUUGCAAAGGAACCGGAGGAAAAGAAGCCUCAACUACCGACAAAGAGCGACUUGUUUGACGCCGACUCCGAGAGCGACAGCGACAAGGACAGACCUGCCGCCGACGCGCCUGUCUUCAAGAAGAAAAAGAAGAAGAAGAAGGCUCGCGAGCAGCCACCAGAAGACGACGACGAGGAGCCUCCUCGAAAGGAGAAGAAAAAGAAGAAAAAGAAGGACAAGUGGCGAGAUGAAUUCAAGCCUUUGCCCGCCCCAGAGACUGACGAGGACGAUGAGGAGAAGACGGCGGAGAUCAAAAAGCGUCUGAUCGACUCGGAGGAUGAAGACGAAAUGCCGCACAAGAAGCCCAGGAAGGACAAGAGCAAAGAUGGCAAGCACAAGAAGGACAGAGGCGGCGAGGACACUAAGAAGAAGAAAGUCAAAUACGGCGUGGUGGUGACUUCGGAUGAGGACCUCAGCGAAGGUUUGUCGGAGGAGAAACCUCGCCCGGACGAGCAGCAAUCCAAGCCCAAGAAGAAGCCUGACGUCAAGCUGAAGGGCAUCAAAGACCUGAUCCAGGAAAAGAAGAGCAAGCCGAAGGAGAGCGGUCAACUCAAGCUCAAGGUCCCGACUGCCUCCAAAGUUCGAGAGGACGCCGGCCCGCCCUCGUCAGACUCCAGCGACAGCUCGGGUCUGCACCGAAAGAGCAAGGGCAAAAGUCAGGAAGUGGUGCCGGCUGCCAAGCCAUCCUCCUCCGCCUCCAAGCCACGGGAGGAAGAGGCCACUAGGGAGGACCCCAAAGGCUCCACCAACCUCUUUGAAACCUUCCUGCUCAACUGUGAAGCCAAAGACCGAGCUCCCCGCAGACCACCUGACAAGAGCACCAGCAAGCCUUCCAAGAAGUCUGAUCCAAAAUACUGUAAUGCCCCAGAUGUGGGGAAGAAGAUCCUGGGAAAGCUUGAGAAAAUCAUCAAGCCUGUCAGAGAGUCUCCCCCAUCAAAAGAACUCGAAAGGACAGAAAAGUCCAAGCAGCCAGAAGCCGUCUCCAAACACGGCCAGAGCUAUGGCUUCAGCCUGGAUAGCGACGAGCGAGAAGAUGAAAGCGUGCCGACUAAACUGAGGAAUACAGACGACUCUCGGGAACGGAGGGACAAGACGGAAGAGAGCCUCAGCAGGUCCGGUUGGGACAGGAUAGGCCGACCAGACGACAGGAAGAAGAGGAGGGACGACGGGGAGGGACGACAUUUCAUGGUGUCGGAUGACCAUUUGGACCAGCAACCAAUGGAGGUCACCGACAGAGCGGCUAAAGGUCCAGCCACAUUGAGCUUGGGAAUGGACCUCAAUCUUGAUUGGAUGACUCUGGACGAUUUCCAGAAACAUCUGAAUGGAGAUGACGAGAUCCUGUCUGGGCCGCCGCUCUCGCCAAGUGAGUUGCGGGAUGCCGUCAAGAGCGGAGACUACGUGGCGGUAAAAUUGGCGCUCAAUUCUAAAGAGGAGUACAACUUGGACCAGGAGGAUGUCAGCGGAAUGUCGCUAAGCAUGCUGGCAGCGGCAGGUGGUCAGGACGAUAUCCUCCGCUUGCUGAUCAGGAAGGGCGUCCGAGUGAACGCUCGCCAAAAGAACGGCACCACAGCCCUCAUGCAUGCUGCAGAAAAGAAUUUCGUGACCACCGUGGCCAUCCUGUUGGAGGCAGGCUCGUACGUCAACGCACAAAACGCCAUUGGCGAAACAGCAUUAAUGAAGGCCUGCAAGCGAGGAAACGCGGACAUUGUGCGGCUCCUGCUGGAAAAUGGCGCGGACUGCCACAUCCAGUCCAAAAACAAGGCGGACGCUUACUACUUCGCCCAGCACAACAACCACCUGGCUGUGUGCGACAUCGUGAACAACCACAAGAGCAUGCUAUCCAGCGUGGCUGAGGACACUGUCCGGUCAUACUUUGAAAACCGUUUGCUUCUGCUGGACCCUGUGUUCCCGCUAGCGUGUCACCGACUGUGCGAGUGGCCCGACUUCUCCACCGAGUUCAUUUACAAGCCCCCACCACCUGCAGAUGGCACAGGGAUCCUCCUUUUCAUCUUUCACGCCACCUUCCGCAACGACAUCACGGCACGUCUCGGUGGCCCGUGCGGCGUCCAGGCAGUCAUUCUCAAUGACAAAUUCCAGUUGCCUGUCUUCUUGGAUAGUCACUUCAUCUACUCCUUUAGUCCUGUCGUGGGAAACAAUAAACUUUUCAUCCGGCUGGCGGAGGCGCCCUCAGCCAAGGUGAAGCUUCUCAUAGGUGCCUACAGAAUCCAGCUGCAGUGA